AAAAUGCAUGCAUGUUAGAGGAGGGACCUUCCCAGAAUGAGAGUACAGUGGGAUACAGAAGAGCGGGGACACCAAACUGUCAGGCAGCGGUGGCUCAGCUUGGUAGGAUAAACCUUAUUUUCUGCUCUGUUUGACACUGGGAAAAAAGUCCAGUGAAAGCCCAACUAUAGCAAGAUGGGAUCUGCCUCCUCAACUUACCGGCCCAAGUGUAUUUAUUUGGAUAUUGAUGGACGAAUUCAAAAGGUGAUAUUUAGUAAAUACUGCAACUCUAAAGAUAUUAUGGACCUCUUCUGCAUUGCAACAGGGUUACCAAGGAACACAACGAUCUCCCUUUUGACGGCAGACAAUUGCAUGGUAUCCAUUGAUCCAACAAUGCCUGCGAACUCGGAGAGGUCUCCAUACAAAGUGAUACCUGUUGCCUCUGGGCAGCUCUCAGAGAAAGAAGAAUUGUUCCAGAAUUUACUGGGACAGAUUGCCGAACAGUUCUCAAGGGUUUUUAAAAUCAAUGAGCUGAAAACGGAAGUAGCUAAUCACUUGGCAAUGCUGGAGAAAAAGGUUGAAUUGGAAGGCCUGAAAGUAGUGGAGAUUGAGAAAUGCAAGAGUGACAUUAAAAAGAUGAGGGAGGAAAUGGCAGCAAGAAGCAGCAGGACUAAUUGUCCCUGCAAGUACAGCUUUUUGGAUGAAAACAAGAGGCUGACUCCCCGGCGGGAUGUACCAUCGUACCCAAAGUACAUGUUGUCCCAGGAGACCAUAGAAGCUCUUCGGAAACCAACCUUUGAUGUCUGGCUGUGGGAGCCCAAUGAGAUGCUGAGCUGUUUGGAACAUAUGUACCAUGAUCUUGGGUUGGUAAAAGACUUCAACAUCAAUCCUAUCACGUUAAAGAGGUGGUUGCUGUGUAUUCAUGACAAUUACAGAAACAACCCCUUUCAUAAUUUCCGGCACUGCUUCUGUGUGACACAGAUGAUGUACAGCAUGAUCUCGCUCUGCAGCCUCCAGGAGAAAUUUUCCCAAAUUGACAUUUUGAUUCUCAUGACUGCAGCAGUAUGCCAUGACUUGGAUCAUCCAGGCUAUAAUAACACCUAUCAGAUAAAUGCACGAACUGAGCUUGCAGUACGCUACAAUGACAUCUCCCCACUGGAGAACCACCACUGUGCUGUGGCUUUCCAGAUCAUUUCACAACCAGAAUACAACAUUUUCUCCAACGUCAACCAGGACCAAUUCAAACAGAUAAGACAGGGGAUAAUUACGUUAAUCCUGGCUACAGACAUGGCGAGACAUGCAGAAAUACUGGACUCUUUCAAGGAAAAAAUGGAAAACUUUGAUUACUCAAAUGAAGAACACAUGACCUGUCUGAAGAUGGUACUGAUAAAAUGCUGUGACAUCUCCAACGAAGUCCGCCCGAUGGAAGUAGCAGAGCCUUGGGUAGAUUGCUUACUAGAGGAAUAUUUUAUGCAGAGUGACCGAGAAAAAUCUGAGGGACUUCCAGUGGCACCAUUCAUGGACCGCGAUAAAGUGACCAAGCCAACAGCACAGAUUGGCUUCCUGAAGUUUGUUCUCAUCCCCAUGUUUGAAACAGUAACAAAGCUAUUCCCAGAAGUGGAGGAGGUGAUGCUCCAGCCCCUUUGGGAAUCCAGAGACCGCUAUGAGGAAUUAAAACAGAUAGAUGAUGCUAUGAAAGAGUUGCAGAAAAAGAAAAGUGAAAGUUUGACCACCAGCAGUGCUGAAAAGUGAGACGAAAUCAUCUUUCAACAAAACAUAACCCCAAAGUUAUUCCGGUUUUGAGAACAGCUGUGUUUGCCAAACAGACGCGGUGGCUAUGUCAAAAUCCAAGUGGGACCAUGUAUGCAGAGAGGUGGCAGGCAUGGAUGCCCUGCCUGUCUGCCUGCCCAGGCAUCUUGUCUACAGCCUGCAGCCUACUUGCACAGAUGCUGCUGCCAUCGGGCACCAAGGGCUCUUCUUACUCCAUCAUGCCCACCGCAGCAGAACAGGACUUCCCCUGCAAACAUUUCACAGGUUGCAGAACGGCUCAGAUGUUCUGUAGAUUUGCCUUUUUGAUGACCACAUUGACCACAUUCUGUAGAGACAAAGUGGAGUUAACCAAGGAUCCUUUUCUGGAAAAUGAUCCACUGGCAUCCAAAACCAAAAGGAAAAGUUGUUUUAGUCAAGAUACUAUACAUAUGUGUACAGCAGUAUGCUAAUUACAGCAUAGCCUAACAGAUGCUUAUAUUCUGACAGGGGUCAGGCAUAUAUUUUCAUUUGCCUAGUAGGCCCCAUGACACCUUUCUCUGUAUUAUUCUCUGAAUUUUAUAGUGUUUACAGUACAUUCAGAAGCCCAGCAUAGUGGAUGCAAGAUUCUUUUUUGUUGUUUUCUACAUUAGAAGAAAUCAGAAGAAACCUUAAUGAGCGAGCUUGCAGGUUUGCUUUGUGGCUUGGUGCAGCUCGAUGUCAUGGAAUCCUUCAGCACAAGCAAAGAAGGGAGCACAAAGCUGAAACCACUGUGCAAGCAUAUUUUUAUCCUUGUGGAUGCAAAAAGCAGCAACAAGAAAAACCUUCAAAGAUGUACAGAUUUUUUUUUUUUACUUUGAAACUUAUCUGCUAAAUAAUAUAUUCUUCUACAGAAGUGGGACUCAUACUUGCUUUCUUUUACAUUCACAUGAGACCUGUCUGUUUCUGAAGACAAAUGCUUUCAUAAUGAAUGAAAGGUAAAGGGCUGUAAAGGAGAGGGGGGGAUUGGUUCUCCUUAAGAGGAGCCUUUGACAUGGUUGCCCAUGACAUCCUUCUCUCUAAAUUGGAGAGAUAUGGAUUUGAUGGGUGGAUUGUUUGGUGGACAAGAAACUGGUUGGAUGGUUGUAUUCAGAGAGUAGUGGUCAAUGACCUGAUGUCCAGAUGGAGAUCCAUGACAAGUGGUGUCCCUCAGGGGUCCAUACUGGGACCAGUGCUGUUUAAUAUCUUCAACAAUGAUAUAGACAGUGAGAUAGAGCGUACCCUCAGCAAGUUUGCAGAUGACACCAAGCUGAGUGGUGUAGUUGACCCACGGGAAGGACGGGACGUCACCCAGAGGGACCUGGAUAAGCUGGAGAAGUGGGCCUGUGAGAAGCUCAUGAGGUUCAACAAGGCCAGGUGCAAGGUCCAACACCUGGGUUAGGGCAAUCCAUAGUUUCAACACAGGAAUGGGGGAUGAAGAGUUUGAGAGCAGCCCUGCAAAGAAGGACUUGGGGAUGCUGGUUGAUGAGAAGCUUGACAUAAGCCAAUAAUGUGCACUCACAGCUCAGAAGGCCAACUGUAUCCUGGGCUGCAUCAAAAGAAGUGUGGCCAGCAGACCAAGGAAGGGGAUUCUCCCCCUCUACUCCACUCUUGUGAGACCUCACCCGGAGUAUUGUGUCCAGUUCUGGAAUCCCCAACAACAGGAGGAUAUGGAACUGUUGGAACGGGUCCAGAGUAGGGCUGCAAAGAUGAUCAGAGGGUUGGAACACCUCCUAUACCAGGACACGGUGAGAAAGUUGGGCUUGUUCAGCCUAGAGAAGAGAAGGCUCCAAGGAGUGCUUAUAGCGACCUUCCAGUACCUGAAGGGGGCCUACAAGAAAGGUGGGGAGGGAUUUUCUACAAAGGCUUGUAGUGAUAGGACUGGGGGGAAUGACUAUAAAUUGGAGUGGGAUAGAUUUAGGCUAGACAUAAGGAGGAAUUUCACCAUGAGAGUGGUGAGGCACUGGCACAGGUUGCCCAGGGAAGCUGUGGAUGCCCCAUCCCUGGAGGUGUUCAAGGCAAGGUUGGAUGGGGUCUUGUGCAGCCUGAUCUAGUGGGAGGUGUUCCUGCCCAUGGCAGCGGGGUUGGAAUUACAGGACGUUUAAUGUCCCUUCCAACUCAAGCCAUUCUAUGGUUCUAUGAUUUUAUGAUUUAGAAACAUUUUUUUGUGGUGUGCUUGCAUAGUAACUGCAAUACUGAAAGAGCUUCAAUUCCCUUGAUGACUUUGUAAAUGUUGGGAGCCAAGCUCAGAGUCAUAGUCAUCCAAAUGGACUCCUGUGCACUGCCUUGCCAAAGGGAAGGCUGAUAGAUAUCUUUCUUCUUUGUGCCCAUGAGAGAAGAGCCUUGGCUUUGCUGCUCACCUACACCUGUUCUCUCCCACCAGGGACAGAUUGCUCUCUCUGGGAGUUCCAGCAGACAGAAUCAGCUCCUGUCAUGACACAGCUGCCAAGACUAGUGUUUCGCAUGCUGGUAUUCACCCUUCAACAGCCAUAGGCAUGCAGCCAGCAAAGCCUCAUGCAUGCUGUCCCAGUCCUCCUUGCUCAGUCCCCAAGGCUGCCCCAUCAGCUUUGAUAGGUGUGUUAACAAUAAGAGUAACACUUGUGCCAUGCAUCUGCAAAGUCCAAAGCCGCAUAUGUUGUCUUAGCUUGUUUUUCAAAAAGAGAUGAGCACCUGGGGGCCAAUCUUUCCCCCCAUGAUCCAGGAAACACCUCAGCAAUCUCAGCCUCUCUGGCAGGUGUCUAACACCAAGCUCACCACUGAACAACAAACCUCCUGCUCUGGAAAUUCAGAUUUAUUCUCCUGUUGUUUCUGCACAUUAAUUCCGAGUGUAACUCUUGUUCCUCUCUCAGUGCAAUUUUCCACAUUUGGUCUCUUUCUUUCUUUUGCACAAAGCGGUAUUAUUUCAGCUACCCUUCAAUCUCUCAGGGACAUCAAUAAGGUACUUAAAACAUCUAUUCUUCUACUCCAUUCCUGCUGGCACAUUUCCAGGGGCUCAGGACAGACUCACAGUUAGUUCUCUCUGCUGGUGCAUCUUUCUGCCCAAGCUGCCUUCUCCUUUGAAGAGCUUUUUGUGUGUGCGAUUUUGGGCUUUCUGCUGCAAACUGGAAAAGGGUCUUAUCCCUGGAUUUGAACAGUCUUGGGGGACGCUGAGGGAGAUUGGAAGAUCCAAGAACAGGAUCAGCUUGAAGCUACGCAGGCAUCUUCAUGAAUGGAUGAACUAAACCCUAGUUUUUAUUAACCUCAAACUUUUAAUACUUCAAAGUUGGAUCUAAAUUAUGUGGUUUGAGCCUUUUUUCUGUACUAAAUCUUAUAAUCCAAAGUACAUUGUGACCCAGAUUGCUCUGCUGUGGAAUUCUUCAAUUCUUUUUCACUAGUAAAUCAAAUUUACCUUCUCCAUUCAAAAGGAUUUCUGUCUUAAAUCAGCUCCCAGGACAGAUGUGCUGCACAGAAGCUGUAAAUAAUUGCUUGAUAUGCCAAGUCCUGCACUGAACUAGUCACACUAGAUGAUAAAACCUGCUGUAGGAACUUGACUGCACCCUCCUUCUACUAAAACAGUUUCCUUAAGCAGGAGUUAGAUCUUGAUAGGAAGUUUUGCUUCAGCUGGAAGGAUUUUCUCUAACCAUAAAAUCUAAUCCAAUGAGCAUUUAUACAUGUGCUUAACUCCCACAAGCCUAGUCAUGGGCCCUGGCGUACAGUAGGUAAUUGCAUAGUGCAGGCUCCUCAGCUUUCUCUGUUUGAAGUGCAAUGGAGUUUGAGAAUGGAUAGCCUUUGGUGCUUGUUUUGGCUCCAUCAUUUUAAAAAGCAACCUGAAAACUGUUUAUUGGAGACAGAUACCAGAAAACAUUUAUGAAAUCCCAUUUACUUUAUUGGAUCUACACCAGAACUGUGGAGAAAGGAAUGCAACCCUACCUCAGGGCCACUCUAGUGACUGUCUAGUAGCAGGUAUGUGGCUUGUUGAAGAACAGGCAACAUACAGGCUGCUGUUCAUAGAAAGCUGUAAGAAAGACCACACAUGAUCACAACCAGCUAUUGGUAUAAAUGGGAAUACCACAGCACUUUUUAAGCUCAUUUACCUUUGUGAUAUUAGAUUUCUAAUACACAGUCCUCCCAACAGAUGUUUAACCAUGCACUGCAUUCUUUUAUAAUUCUAGUUUCUUGUGCUUUUUCCAUAAUAUUUGACACUGUGAUUCAUGAGCAAAUUAAUGGAUUUGAGAAUCUUGGCAAUCAGCCGAUUAAGAUGUCACACAUUUUCAGGGUGACAUUUCAAAAGCUAUACUUAGUAUGAAAAUGAAGUUUUCUGAGGCAGCCAAGCAGAUGUCUCAAGUGGGAUUUAAUCUUUUCUCUCCUUAAUCCAAUGAAUAAGAGCGAAUAUUAUAUCUUAGUGUUAUUUCAGCAGGUGCCUUACAAAGAACUUUCUGUGGUCUGUUGCACACAUCUUUACAGCAUCAUGACAGUGCCACAUGCAUCCCAGCCUUACAUUGCUACUCCUAUACUUGCAAUCAAAGAUGAACGUGAAAUAGGUUAUAAUGAUUUCACAUCAUUUAUCCUGGAAAACUAAUGAUGAGCCCUGGAACUUACUUUUUUUUCUUAAACUAGGGAUCCUGUAGCCCCAUACUCACUUCAUUUUUUAGUAUAGCUUUCAUAAUUGGAUCAAACUAAGGCUAUACUAGAACUGCGUUUCUUGGGAAGGAAACAGCUUUUUAAAAAUGUGAAUACACCACAGCAGCCAAUUUGCGAUCAAAAUUUAGUAUGUGUUAAAUACAUAGGUUAUACAAUGCCGAAGAAGUAUCUGUACAUGGAAAUUGUUAAUCUCAAUGCUGCCUCUGAGCAGCAAUAACAGCAUCUGUUCCACACAAGAGUGAAACAGAGUCCUAGUGUGGAGUAUGAGGCUAUCAGGAGAAGCCCUGUCAAACAGUAUUCACUUUUCCUAUUUAAACAGUGGGCUUUUACUGCAAACUGUCUCUUCUAUCUGGAAACAUCUGAAGAGCAAGUCUUAACUUUCUGUGUGAUUUGCAGUAUUAAAAGCACAAUAAACACGUACGAUUCUUGUCCUCCUAGCAUAUCAUUCUGUUUUGUUGUGAAGGUUUCUGUGAGAGAGCAGACACAGUGGGGUAAAUUACCUACCCUACCCACUAAGGUAAAACCUCCCCAUGAUUACCUCCUUACCACACUAUUAUCUCCUUGACUUCCCUGUGACAAGGUGGACUAUCACAGCAACAUUCCUGUUAGUGACAAGCAGCACUCAACCCUAGCCUGCAGGGAGGAUGUACAUGAAAGGACAGCUCUUGUGCAGGGCGAGCCAGCUGCUGCUUUGACUCCUUAUGUCAAAAAAGAAAAAUUACCUUCCAAGAGAUUGCUCUGGAAUCAAGCACACCCCAG